CCGCCUCCUUCCACCGCCUCUUCCGGUUUCUCCUCGCGGGCUCGCCCGCCCUUCCGGUCCCUCCUCUCGGGCCUGCCCGCCUCUUCUGGUCCCUCCCCGAGGGCCCACCCCUCUUCCGGUCCCUCUUCUAAGCCCAAGUCGUUCAGCUGUGCCUUUUCCCGGCGCCACCAUUGGCAGAAAAUCCGAGCCGCCCCUGAGGGCGCGGAGAGACGCGCUCCUGAUUCCCUGUCCCCGGACGUGACGCUAGAAAGGCCCUCCCCUGAGGAAGUGACGGCAGGAGUGCCCUUGACGGGCGGGGAGGGCUGAGCUGUGGAUUUCCUCCGCUCGCACAGCAGGGAGAUGGCUCAGCGACUUCUCCUGAGGAGGUUCCUGGCCUUGGCCAUCUCCAGGAAUCCCCCUCAGGGUCGAUGGGCACCCCUCACAUCUGGAGCCCUACAGAGCCCACAGUGCCAUCCUGGUGGCCUGGCAGCAACACUCAGCCCAGCCCGAACAGUACAUACCACCAGAGUCUGUACCACGACUUUUAACAUCCAGGAUGGGCCUGACUUUCAAGACCGAGUUGUCAACAGUGACACACCAGUGGUUGUGGAUUUCCAUGCACAGUGGUGUGGCCCCUGCAAGAUCCUGGGGCCGAGGUUAGAGAAGAUGGUGGCCAAGCAGCACGGGAAGGUGGUGAUGGCCAAAGUGGAUAUUGAUGACCACACAGAUCUCGCCAUCGAGUAUGAGGUGUCCGCCGUGCCCACUGUGCUGGCCAUGAAGAAUGGAGACGUGGUGGACAAGUUUGUGGGCAUCAAGGAUGAGGACCAGCUGGAGGCCUUCCUGAAGAAGCUGAUUGGCUGACCAGCAGGGAAGCGUCCUGACCACCCUUACCCACCUGGGACCCCGUGGUCCCGGGGAGGGACCUCGACAGAACUCCCAGCCCUUCUGUGAUGCCCCUUCUGCCAUCUCCCUCUGUCUGCCCCUGGGGGCCUGUGCUUGGGAGACCAGGCCUCCAUACAUGAGAGCCCAGAGUGCUGCCAGGCCUCGGGGUGGCCGACAGGGGAAGUGCUGCUGCUGACCUGGGACAGCCAUCUUCCCGCCCACCUCCCUCUUCCAAUCCCUCCAGGGCUGGGGCAGUCUCCUCAAGAGGCAGGGAGCUAGCCUGCCUGCAGGAGGGGCCAGCCUGUGGGGCCAGUUCCUUGGGGCCAGAAGACCUUGGUCCUUUUCUCCUUGGCCCGUUUGGAUCUGAACCCAGCCCUGGCUUGUCUGCCUCCUGCCUUUUUUCUCCUGCUACUGUUUUGUAAAAAGAAAAAGAAGGAAACAAGAAAUCCAAACAAGUGAGAGUAAUAUAUACAUAAUUCUCUCAUUUUUUAUAGGUCUGUAAUAAAGAACUUUAUGGUCCCUUCUGCCUUCUGCUGUGAAGAACAGGCCCUGGGCCCCACUCUAAAAUUACCCAGUCAUCACCCCCACCCCCCAAAGGCCACCUCCUCUUCCUCCCACCUUCCUUCUAGGCACGAGGGCUGGGGAACCUGCAGAUUCUUGAUUCGGAAAGGUUCCAGACACCACCUUCCCUCCUCAUUUGCUGGCCCUUCAGUUCUCUGAGCAGGCAGUUGAACUGUGAACAAAUCAGACCAAUAAAACAAGGGUUUGCACUGUUGACAGCUUCCAGUUCUGUCUGGGCAGCAAGAGUAUGUGGGACCCUCCCUUGGGCUGGGUUGCUGUCCCGUUUCUUCCUUUGACUUCUG